AUGAAGAAAUCUCUCAGUAUCUGGUUUGCGAUAUCGCUACUUGGAGUGCUUGCUUCGCACGGAGAUGGCCCAAGCGCACAGGAGGUCAUCGACAGGCUUCAUCUCGAACCAAAUCCAGAAAAAGGCUAUUAUCGACAAACAUUCGAAGAUGCCGCCAACCUCAACAAUAGGUCCUACUCUACGGCUAUUUAUUACCUGUUGGAGGGUGACGUUGGUCCUUCAUACUGGCAUCGCAUCGUGGACGCGGUCGAGAUCUGGCAUUAUUACGCAGGCGCACCGUUGAAACUGGAUCUGUCGUGGAAUAAUGGGACAGCGACUGAACAUAAACUCCUAGGAAACGACAUCUUCGAGAAUCAGAGUCCACAAAUCGUCAUCGAGAAAGGGCGCUGGCAAAGAGCUACCAGUUUGGGCACUUGGACGCUUGUUGGGACAACCGUGGCCCCAGGAUUCUCAGAGGACGGCUUUCAAUUACCAGGACCAGAAUUUGAACCGAAGAAUAGCAUAUAG